ACAGUGGUUCGAGAGAAGGACAUGUGUUGGGAGUUCGCAGAUAAAUUAGACGGGAAUAAGGUGAGGUGCAAGUUCUGUUCUAGAGUCUUGAAUGGCGGAAUUAGCAGGUUGAAGCAUCAUCUAUCUCGACUUCCGAGUAAAGGAGUGAAUCCUUGUACCAAGGUAAGGGACGAUGUCACUGAUAGAGUCCGUGCUAUUUUAUCUGCCAAGGAUGAUGCUAGAGAAUCGCCUAGCACCAAAAAGCUGAAAACCCCAGAACUUAAACCUUCACCUGGGAAUUUACCUGUUUCUAGGCCUCUAAUUCCCUUAGAUGCUGUCUCUUCUGCUGCUAAAGUUUUCCCGACCAUCCUUCAACCGCUGCCAUCUUGUUCAAACAAUCAAGAGAUUGCAGCGAGGAGUAUUGCUCUUUUCUUCUUUGAGAACAAGAUCGACUUUGGCGUGGCCCGCUCAUCGUCGUAUCAGCAAAUGAUCGAGGCAAUUGCGAAAUGCGGUGUCGGAUUUGUUGGCCCUUCUGCUGGAUCUCUCAGGACUGUGUGGUUGGACAGGGUAAAGUCCGAAGUUGGCAUACAGUUGAAAGAGAUUGAGAAAGAGUGGCACACCACCGGCUGUACUAUCCUGGCGGAGGCAUGGACUGAUAACAAAUCCCGGGCACUGAUAAACUUCUUUGUCUCAUCGCCGUCAAGAACCUUCUUUCACAAGUCUUUGGAUGCUUCUUCAUACUUCAAGAACACGAAAUGCCUAGCUGAUUUGUUUGAUUCUGUAAUUCAAGAUAUCGGACAAGAACAUGUCGUGCAAAUCAUAAUCGACAGUAGUUUCAACUACACAGGUAUCUCGAAUCAUAUCUCGCAAAACUAUGGAAGCAUUUUUGUGUCUCCUUGUGCAACUCGGAGCUUGAACAUGAUAUUAGAAGAAUUCUCCAAGUUAGAUUGGGUGAACCGAUGUAUACUUCAAGCACAAAUCCUGACCAAAUUUAUAUACAAUAAUGGCUCAGUGCUGGAUCUGAUGAUGAAGUUCACAGGUGGUCAAGAUAUAAUUAAGAGCGGUAUCACGAGGCCUGUCUCCAGUUUUUUAUCGUUACAGGCAAUGAUGAAGCAAAAGGCAAGGCUGAAGCACAUGUUUAACAGUGCAGAAUAUUCUGCCAACUGUUCAGACGCAAAUAAACCGCAGAGCGUAUCAUGUAUGGGCAUCAUCGAAGACAAUGAUUUCUGGAGGGCUGUUGAAGAAAGCGUGGCUGUUUCCGAGCCUAUUCUGAAGGUGAUGAGGGAAGUAUCA